AUAUCUGAUUUCUUGCUUCAUAAUAGUUGUUUCCUUCUUAAGACAAUGGCACUGAGUGGUAAGCUUAGUAUUGAAAUUGUGAUGCAUGCACCUGCUGGAAAGUUCUUUAAUCUUGCAACAAAAUCUCUCCACGAUGUUCAAAAUAUUUGUGAAAGAGUGCAUCACACCAAGCUGCAUCAGGGUGAGGAUUGGCACAGCAUUGGCGGUUCAGUUAAACACUGGACAUAUGUUAUAGAUGGUAAAGUAACUACAUGCAAGGAGACAAUUGAAUCCAUUGAUGAGAAUAACAAGACAAUCAAAUUGAAUCUCUUUGAUGGAGACAUAAGUCAACAGUAUAAAGUCUUUAAGCUCACCAUUCAAGAGAUUGAUAACAGCAAUGGAAGUGUUUCAGCUAAAUGGACACUUGAAUAUGAGAAAAUUAGUGAUAAUGUCAAAGCUCCUUAUGGUUAUUUGGAAUUUUAUGACAAAAUUUUUAAAGAGAUGGAUGCUCAUCUUCUCAAGGCAUAAUAAUUACUAAAAGAAAAUUAGAAACACGUUAUAUGCAUGGUUGGAAUUUAAUAAGGGGUAGGUUUUCGGGACUGUUUUGGAAGUAGUUAAGUGUUAUAUAAAUUAAAUAAUAAGUGCGUGUGAACUUGGGUGAAGAAUAGUAUGUAUGUAUGUACGUAUGUAUGUAUGUAUGUAUGUAUAGUCAUCGUUCAUGAUUUUUUUUGUUGGUUGUGUUUAUGUCAUGGAUGUGUGGAAACUGGAAACUUGAAAGUAUUUAUGUAUGUCUAAUAAAAAUUAGAGUAACGAUGGGUAAUCAA